AACAAGUAAAGGCGGAACGAAGAGCUGCCUGACUUUCAGUGUCGGAACACUGUACGAGCCAGUGGAAGUAACGUGGAGAGUGAGAAGAUCAAAGACGGCAGCAGUAUUCAUGCUCAGAAAGAGAACUACUGAUGAGACAUUUGCUUUGAGUGGAUGCUCAGGCAUGUCCACCGUUACAUUUUAACGAAACUACCUCAUGCCAAGUGUCUUAAAGAUACGUAGUAUAAUUACAGCAGCGCAGAAAAAAAUAACUAAAAGUCCCCGUGAAAGCGACUGGAAUAGAUCAACUACUAGGAGGGAGAGGAAUGAAAGGGUGAACUCGCUUCCAAAGCCGGAUCUUCUAGUGUGACACCGAGCGGAAGUAAACAGAAACUGGGCUGGUGGCGUAAACAUCGACUUGUGCGUGGGAACAAUAUAUGUGUAACAAGGCAAUAAUGCCUUCAGUUCAGCAUUUUAGACAGUUUUUCAACGAGCGACUAGCUGCUGCUGCUGAAGAAAUAUUCAGCGCUUUUGAAAAAACUAUCCUCGAGUACGAAGAAGAGAUCAGCCGUCAGCGCAGGCUGCUGGACAUCGUCUGCAAACCUGCGGUGAAGUUACCCAGGAUAGAGCUCCCACAUCAGCUUGCCUGUAAAGAGGAGGAGGUUCUUGCCUCUGACCAGCAGCCCAUUUUCCAGGAGAGGAACCCCAGGUUGGAUCAAGAGGUUAAAGAGGAACUCUGCGCUAGUCAGGACAGAGAGCAUCUUGUACUGAAGCAGGAGACUGAUACUUGCAUUGUGCCUCUUACUUAUGAGAAAGGUGACAACGCUGAAGAUCAGACUUUGAGAUUGAUUCCGAGUGAAUUAGUAAGUGCAACAGAAAAACAUUCCUUAGUCAAAAUAUCUAUUAAAACCUCAGAGGAAGCAGAGCUAAAUACCAACCACCAGCUCUUUUCUCACAGUUCCUAUUUAUCUAAAAGCCCUGACAAAGAAGACGAGCCUGAGGAUUGUAUGUCAAUUGGAAAUGCAGAGACAAAACCACAGAAGAUAAGUCACAAAGGCAAUCAUAUACAUAAUCCUGCAAUGUUGAUGAAUUACUGUAAAACACACGCAAGCAAAAAGUCUUUCAAAUGUGACACUUGUGGAAAAACAUUUCCAUUUAAUUCCAAAUUAAUCAGACACCUGCGAAUCCACACGGGCGUGAGGCCAUAUUCUUGCAACAUCUGUGGUAAAAGAUUCAAUCAGACAUCCAUACUGAACGUUCAUAAACGAAUCCACACAGGCGAGAGGCCGUAUUCUUGCAACAUUUGCGGAAAGAGAUUUAACCAGACGUCAAUACUGAACGUCCAUAAAAGAACUCACACGGGCGAGAAGCCAUUUUCUUGUAACAUCUGUGGUAAAAGAUUUAAUCAGAAGUCAAUACUGGAUGCUCAUGUCAGAAUCCACACAGGCGAGAAGCCCUUUUCUUGCAAAACAUGCGGGAAAUGUCUCAGGAGUCGUUCUACUCUAUUGGUUCACAUGAAAAAAACACACGGGCGAGCAACCGUAUUCUUGCAAAAUAUGUGACAUUUCAAAUGCAGCUAUCUUGUAAGUCCAUGUGUGAAGCCAGACGUUUGCCAGACUAUAUGUAAAAGAAACAGCACACGAAAAACCUGCAAAGGCAAUAAUUUUAUAAUUUUGUGUGCAGCAAUUAUGUGAAAUGAUUCUUUUAUGCAUCAAGCUUGAUACGGUAUCUAAGGCUGCAUUCAUUCGACUACGGUAAGUGUUUGUAUAUGCAAAUAUAGAUACAAUAUAGAGUUUCAGUUUUUCACUUCAAGACUAAAACAAACCACUAAUAUUUAAUUACACCUCAGUCUUCUACUUCAAUGCUUACAUUUGAUAAUAAGUGUUAGGACUUUUUAAAAAGCAUUAACCUGUUUAGGGGAUACACAAAUAAGGCAGAACCAUCAGCUGUGGGCACAAAUGGGUCAUGGCACACUCAUUCGUUGAGCACAGAUGGAAAAGUCCCACUUAUAGAAAACUACAUUGACACAAGGCGUAGCCACAGCGGAUUUUUAGAGGGGAAUGUAAAAGGGAUUUAUGAUUUGUUUUCCCCCCGCUCUGCCUUGCAGAUUGGUUGUGGGGGUCUGAUAUAUGAAAAGCUGCUCCUCCUUGUCUCCAAACACGUCUUUGGUGACUGUAGCUGCAAAAACCCAGUUUUGAUUUCUUGACCCAGUCACCAUGACUUCUGUAGAUGUUGACUUUUGUUAUGAGGGUGUACGUCAGGACCAUGUUGGCAUAUUAGGUCUCAGUGAUGCAUGAUGCUCAUUCACUCACGUGUCAGCAAAACCUUCCUGCAGCUCCUUUUCAAACACAUAAGGGUUUGGAAUAGUAGAUUUUCAUGCUUGAAGUGCCUUCAUGUCUUUAUAUCCAUCUCGUGCAUCGUAUAAAUUCUUUUUACAAGUCUGUUCACAGUAUUUGUCAGCUGGUCAAAUUUCAGCUGGCAAACUAAUACCAUUUGCUGCUUCGGCUGGCUUCGAAGGCCUAGAGUUCCUGCCUUUAGAAGAAGACAUGCACACGCCACAGUGUCUGUAUUAAAUAAAAUAUCUCUAAUUGUAACAGUAUACGCCAUUUUCCUCUGUGUGCCUGAAUGUUCGUAUGCAACUGUACGUCUUCUUUUCGAGAGCUCAUGAAUAUUUGUUUUUUCAACUUCAUUGCUUUUUUGUGUUGGUGUUGUUUGUUUGUUAAAGUCCAAAAGUAAAAGUAUCUAGUAACAGUGUUGCGAAAUACCCAUCACAAUUUCAUACAACUCCAGCUGAUGUUUGGAGAUAUUUUAUUUUGUUUAGCGAGGAGCAAAAAUGUGCACAGUUCAGUGUGACACAAGGUGAUUGGAUUGAAAUGUUCCCAGUUACAAGUUUAGCAGUUAGAGCCAGACUAUGUUUGGUGUUUCUCAUUACAAAAAGUCACUGUUUAGCUUAUUGCUCCUGAUUAUUGAUCCAUUAUAUCAUUUAAAAGGAAAUGCACAGCAGGCUGUCUCUCAGUGUAUUUCUGCUGUAAUUGUGAUUGAGAUGCUUUGUGGAACUUUUGAAAGCACUGAAACCCUCAACAUGAAUUUGUUAAUUACAACAUAUUUAUAUCUGCCUUUAUUGUUUUUAUUCUGAGGCUGCUCUACAUACCUGAGGCCAGCCUAGCAUUCAUUAGGUUACAUGUGAAUGUUUCUACUUUAUGGUAACACAGUGAAGAAAGCCUUUUACUUGUCAGCGUUACAGUUUCCCUGUUAACAAAUGGUAGAAAAAACAAAACUGAAAUACUUACAGAAGUUACAGUAUUGUUUGCUUAUUUAUUUUUUUUAGCUUUUCUCUUCUCUUCUUUUCACUUAGUAAAUUUGCACGCCAGUAUACACUAUUACAUAUAUAUAUAGCACAUAGCAAGGGCUGAUUUUAGCUAACCUCUUGUAACGUGUACUGUAGAGAAAAACAGUUAAGAUACAUGAUGCUGGAUCUAAAUGUAAAACAUGUUUAUGUCUUUAUCAAACUUGCGUGUUGUUUAACUAAUGAAGGAAGUUAAUAGUGGCUGUUUAAAAUUAGUUAAGGGGAUUGAUUUAUUGAAGUAACAAUAGACAAUAAAGGUAGCAUUGCCCAGUCAGUAUUUUAGGCUAUAUAACUUGUUUUACUGUAUUCAUCUCCAUUUACAGAUAUUUAGAUACCAAAAAGAAUCCUAAGAGCCAUCUAUGCAGUCUGAAAGUCUUUGGCAUUUUGUGUUUAUUUUGUUCUUUGCAGUAUUUGUUGCCCUGAAAUUAUUGUAUAUCUAUGUAAUGUUACACUAAAUGCUCAGUUUGACUAUAU